AAGGAGCCAUUUUGCAAUUUGCUGAGAAAUAAAUAGAAAUCAAUCGAAGGCGCGUGAAGUUUAGAAAAUCCCUGCAAUUUGUAAAGGGUUUUUGUUUGCGCUCUUCUCUCUUUUUCUUCAAAUUCAAAAACCUCACUGAAAAAAGCAAUACAAAAAAAUGGCUGAAGAUGGAUUGAAUCCUCACCGAAGAGACCCUAUCAAGUCUUCAGUUGGUAAUGUUGCGGCGCAUAGGAGGAGGCAAAAUGCGGUGGCGGUGGGGAAGGACAGGAGAGAAUCGUUGGUGCGUGCGAAGCGUCUUUGUAGAGUGGGUCCUAGUUGUGAUGAUAGUGACAUAUGUAUUGAAAAUGACAUGAUAAUUGAUGAAGAGCAAUCAAUUUUGGAGGCUCAAACUUUGUCGGCAGUUGAAGAGCUGAAGUCUGCUGUUUCUUUUCAGGGAAAAGGUGCAAUGCAAAAGCUAGUUGGUGCUCUCCGGGAGAUGAGACGUUUGCUGUCAAAAUCUGAAUUCCCUCCUGUUGAAGCUGCUAUUAAAGCUGGAGCAAUCCCCUUGCUUGUGCAGUGUCUCUCAUUUGGCUCUCCAGAUGAACAGUUACUUGAGGCAGCAUGGUGCCUUACAAAUAUUGCAGCAGGAAAACCAGAAGAAACAAAAGCAUUAUUGCCUGCUUUACCACUGCUUAUUGCACAUCUUGGAGAAAAGAGUUCCUUACCUGUGGCUGAACAGUGCGCAUGGGCAUUGGGAAAUGUUGCUGGUGAAGGAGAAGAGUUGAGAAGUGUUUUGCUAUGUCAAGGUGCCUUACCACCUCUUGCAAGAAUGAUGCUGCCAAACAAGGGUUCAACUGUGAGAACAGCUGCCUGGGCAUUGUCAAACCUAAUCAAGGGACCAGAUCAUAAAGCUGCCACAGAACUCAUUAGAGUUGAUGGGGUUCUAGAUGCAAUUCUUCGGCACUUAAGAAAAGCGGAUGAGGAAUUGACAACUGAAGUAGCAUGGGUGGUUGUGUAUCUCUCAGCCCUUUCGAAUGUUGCUACCAGUAUGCUGGUUAAAAGUGAUGCCCUUCAGCUGCUGGUACAAAGAUUAGCAUCAUCAAAUAGCUUGCAAUUGCUUAUUCCGGUCUUACGAAGUUUAGGUAAUCUAAUAGCUGGUGAUUCACACACAAUAGUUGCUGUUCUUCUUCCCGGGUGUGAAAUCACAGAUAAUGUCAUUGAGGCCCUUGUAAGAUGUUUGAAGAGUGAGCACCGAGUCUUGAAGAAGGAAGCUGCUUGGGUAUUAUCUAACAUUGCAGCUGGUUCGAUUGAGCACAAGCAGUUGAUAUAUUCUAGCGAGGCUGCACCUUUAUUACUGCGUUUACUUUCAACUGCACCUUUUGAUAUAAGAAAGGAAGUAGCAUAUGUUUUGGGUAAUCUCUGUGUUGCCCCAACAGAAGGCGAUGGAAAGCCAAAUUUAAUCUCAGAGAACCUGGUUUCCCUUGUUGGUAGAGGAUGCCUUCCUGGUUUUAUUGACCUGGUUAGAUCUGCUGACACUGAGGCUGCAAGACUAGGUCUUCAAUUUAUGGAGCUGGUCUUGAGGGGGAUGCCAAAUGGCGAGGGCCCAAAGCUUGUUGAGCGAGAGGAUGGUAUUGAUGCCAUGGAAAGAUUUCAGUUUCACGAGAAUGAAGACCUGAGAAAUAUGGCAAAUGCUUUAGUUGAUAGGUACUUCGGCGAGGACUAUGGGCUUGACGAGUAGGCUGAGUGAUGCAGGCAUUGCGAAAAGGGAACUUCACUGCUCGGGCAAUAGACCUCUUUGACUUUUGCUUGGCCAUCUUUUAUGCAGUGUACUGCACAUCAAUGAAUCUAUGGUUCCUUUUGUCUCUAGCAAUCUAGAGCCUGAUCCAUGGCUUGCGCCGGUCACAACUUGUUGUAUAUUGAAGGUUUUAGUGCCUCUGCUAGGAAAUUGUCGUCUUGUUUAAUCCUAAAUGAUGCAAAGUUUGACAAAAAAAAAAAAAAUCAAAAUUUGUUU